GUGGCCGCCUCGGACCCUCAUCGGAACUGGGGGAACGAGGGCUGCGAGGGGCAAGGAGAUAAGGAUCCCCAGGGAAGGAGGGAUGCCCGGAUGCACCGGUCCAUGUCGCUGAGCACAGGAGCAGCAGUGGCGGCGGCGGUUGCUGCGCUGGUAACCGCCCUGCUCUUGCUGUGGUGUGAGGAGGCGGGGCCGGGGACCGGCUCAAGUAGCAUGGCUGAGACAGAGGCGCUGCCCAAGCUUCGGGAAGACUUCAGGAUGCAGAACAAAUCCGUCUUUAUUUUGGGCGCCAGUGGGGAAACCGGCCGAGUGCUCUUAAAAGAAAUACUGGAGCAGGGCCUCUUUUCCAAAGUCACAGUCAUUGGCCGGAGGAAGCUGACUUUUGAUGAAGAAGCUUAUAAAAAUGUGAAUCAAGAAGUGGUGGAUUUUGAAAAGUUGGAUGACUAUGCGUCUGCCUUUCGAGGCCACAAUGUUGGAUUCUGUUGCCUGGGCACCACGAAAGCAAAAGCCGGGGCGGAGGGGUUUGUGCGUGUCGAUCGAGACUAUGUCCUGAAAUCUGCAGAGCUGGCCAAAGCUGGAGGGUGCAAGCAUUUCAACUUGCUGUCCUCUAAAGGAGCGGAUAAGUCGAGCAGUUUUUUUUAUCUGCAAGUUAAGGGAGAAGUAGAAGAUAGAGUGGGAGAAUUAAAAUUUGACCGUUACUCAAUAUUUAGGCCUGGAGUUCUGUUAUGUGAUAGGCAAGAAUCUCGCCCAGCCGAAUGGCUGGUGAGGAAAUUCUUUGGCUCCAUACCAGCAUCUUGGGCCAGAGGGCAUUCUGUUCCAGUGGCGACGGUGUGCAGAGCGAUGCUGAACAACGCAGUGAGACCCAGCGGCAAGGAGAAGGAGGUGCUGGACAACAUGGCCAUCCACAGCCUGGGGAAAGCCGACGCCUCUUAAGCCAUGAUCACUCCCGAGGAAUGCUUUUUUGCAAAACUCAGCACCCACCUAAUCACUAAUUCGAGGGUCUAAAAAAAGGAGCACUUUAACCGCGGUUUCACUACAUUCAGCUGAUCAGGUCCAAUUAAAAACUGAUGGUGUACUGCA